UCCACUCGGAUCAACAAUUGAACCCAUCAGCCCGCUCAUACUUGCUAACGUACGCCUCUCCUCUCUCCUUCAAAAUUGGUUCCAUUUUCCUUCCUUUUCCCUCUCUGUAUUCCAAAUUCGAGUUAGUUCAGCACCCAUGUGUGGAAUACUAGCUGUUCUCGGUUGUCCCGAAGAUUCUCAGGCCAAGAGGGUUCGUGUCCUCGAGCUUUCCCGCAGGUUGAAGCAUCGGGGCCCCGACUGGAGUGGGAUUCACCAGUAUGGAGGCUGCUAUCUUGCGCACCAGAGGCUCGCCAUCGUCGAUCCGGCGUCAGGCGAUCAGCCCCUUUUCAACGAAGACAAGACUAUUGUCGUCACGGUGAAUGGAGAGAUCUAUAACCACGAGAAACUCCGCUCCAGUUUGCCGAAUCACAAAUUCCACACCGGAAGCGACUGCGACGUCAUUGCUCAUCUCUAUGAAGAGUAUGGAGAAGAUUUCGUCGACAUGUUGGAUGGGAUGUUCUCCUUCGUCCUGCUCGACACUCGCGACAACAGCUUUCUCGUAGCUCGCGAUGCUAUCGGGAUCACUUCCCUUUACGUCGGUUGGGGACUGGAUGGUUCCAUUUGGAUCUCGUCGGAGCUGAAAGGAUUGAACGAUGAUUGCGAGCAUUUCGAAGUGUUUCCGCCAGGUCACCUUUACUCGAGCAAGAGCGGCGGAAUGCGUAGAUGGUACAACCCCCCGUGGUUCUCCGAGGCCAUUCCUUCAGCUCCAUACGAUCCGUUGGUUCUGCGACGAGCUUUUGAAAACGCUGUCAUCAAAAGGCUAAUGACUGAUGUUCCUUUCGGUGUUCUGUUGUCGGGAGGACUUGAUUCGUCGCUGGUUGCGUCGAUUACUGCUCGUUAUUUGUCUGGUACAAAGGCUGCAAAGCAAUGGGGAGCACAGCUUCAUUCUUUCUGUGUUGGUCUUGAGGGCUCGCCUGAUCUGAAAGCUGCCAAGGAAGUUGCCGAUUAUUUGGGCACCGUGCAUCAUGAGUUUCAUUUUACUGUUCAGGACGGUAUAGAUGCAAUUGAGGAUGUCAUCUAUCACAUCGAAACGUAUGAUGUGACUACUAUCAGAGCAAGCACGCCUAUGUUUCUCAUGUCAAGGAAAAUCAAGUCGACUGGAGUGAAAAUGGUCAUAUCUGGGGAGGGAUCUGAUGAGAUAUUUGGCGGCUAUCUUUACUUUCAUAAGGCGCCGAACAAGGAAGAGUUUCAUCGCGAGACUUGCCACAAGAUUAAGGCUCUCCAUCAGUACGACUGCCUGCGCGCGAAUAAGGCGACUUCCGCCUGGGGAUUGGAGGCCAGAGUCCCAUUUCUCGACAAGGAAUUCGUUAAUGUUGCCAUGAACAUUGACCCCGAAUGGAAAAUGAUAAAAUCCGACGAAGGGAGAAUCGAGAAGUGGAUUUUGAGAAGGGCCUUCGACGACGAAGAGCAUCCCUAUUUGCCAAAGCACAUUCUAUACAGGCAAAAGGAACAAUUCAGCGACGGCGUGGGAUAUAGUUGGAUUGACGGGCUCAAGGCUCAUGCCGAGAAGCAUGUCACCAACAAGAUGAUGGCGAACGCGCCACACAUCUUUCCUCAUAACACGCCGUCAACGAAGGAAGCUUAUUACUACCGGAUGAUAUUCGAGAGGUUCUUUCCCCAGAACUCUGCGAGGCUCACUGUUCCAGGCGGGGCGAGCGUAGCGUGCAGCACUGCUACAGCCGUGGCAUGGGAUGCUUCAUGGUCAACAAACCUCGACCCAUCGGGCAGGGCUGCCAUCGGCGUGCACAACUCUGCCUACGAAAAACAGCAGCAGCAUUUAGCCAAUGGGAAUUUGAACUCUAAAAUUGCUGCUGGCACUCCUCUGCCUUUGAUGAACGGGCUCACCAGCGCUCGGGAGAUCGCCAUCGGGAGAUAGUGAUGGCGGCUGUUUUCGAUGUUGUGAUCAUAAGAAGCUCAUGGCGCAGCGAAGAUAUAGAUAUUAUAUAUAUAUAUGUGGUGAAUAAUUUAAACCUUGUGUGUUAUGUAUAGUCCAGUCGAAGCUUUUAGGUAGAAAAAUAAGAGUUGUGUUAUGUGGAGGUGGCUCUGAUUUUGGUUAGCUGCCGGAAUGUCGUUAAAUAUGUAUGUUUGUUCUAAUGUAUGUCUUUUUUUGUAUUGUCUUGUCUCGUCUCUCUGUCUAGAAAAUGUCUUGAGAUGGCUAUGUAACAACAUAUGUUACACUAUACAAUCGUAUAGUGAUUAUUGUGUUUCAUAUUUUUCUUCCAUUGUCAAA